AUGCCACUUAUGAUAUUGCAGGGAUCGUUUAGUGAAGCAAAAGUAGACUCCUUCAACUUGCCUAUAUAUUAUCCACCCAUUAAGGAAUUGGAAGCAUUGAUAGGAGGAAACAGUGGCUUCAGCAUUGAGAGAAUGGAGAUCAUGAAGAACCCAGCUAAACACGUCACAAUGCCUAGCGUUAGACUACGUACCUUAUUCUUGAGAGCUUGCUUCGAGGGACUUUUGGAGAAUCAUUUCGGAAGUAAAAUCAUGGACGAAUUGUUCGAACGUUAUUCCAAGAAAGUUGCAGAAGCCAGCUUUACCAUGAAUCCAGAAAAUGAUAAAUCUAUUUUAAUGUUUGUCCUCCUUAAGCGUAAAGCUUAG